GGAUUGUGGUGGGGGGGGGGAGAAGAGGGCCGGGGGUUGUUCGGUGUAUUGGUAUUGUCUGCAUUGUUUGAUUGGAUGUGGAUUAGACGGAGGUCCUCCUAUCCCAGUCGUCGGGGAUAAAAUGCAGCAUGUCCGAGCAAGAUCAUGUGGUGGGCUCUUGUCCAUGGUGGCAGAGCGGACCUUGAUGAUGAGGCCCUUAAGCAGAGGAUACAGGCACAAGGCAAAGCUGUCUGUGGUCCUUACAACGGAUGUUGAUGGCAUCGGCCGGCACGGUGAUAUUGUUCAAGUCUCGCCGGGGUAUGCCCGAAAUAAGCUGCUGCCGUCUAAGGUUGCCCUUCCCGCACUCGAUAAAUACAUCGCCAUGAUGAAGAAGCAAUGUGAGGAAGCGGGACCUCAAGAAGUGAAGAAAGUUGAUGAUGAUCAAGCUGAGUCUGAGGAGCUCAGAAAGGCAAAGUUACAGAAAGAGGUGGAGGCCAUAGUCAACCGCAUCUCACGCACAAAAGUGGUGCUCAGGAGACACACUGGGGAAUCAACAACAUUGAGACAUCCUGUAACUGCUGCAGACCUUAUCAAGGAGGUCAGGAGACAGCUGCAGAUUGAGAUCUGGGGGCGAAAUGUAUACCUGCCAGCAGCGUUGACAUCUUUGGGGGAGCAUCAGGUGCCAGUGGUAUUUCCGCCUGGUAUUGCGCUAGGAGGUGAAAAGGAGCAGAUUCAUCUCCAAGUCAGGAUACGACGGAAGUAGUGGGGAAGGGAGAGAGGCGAGGGAGGAGGGAGGGGAGGGAGAGAGGGAGGGAAGGAGGGAGGGAGGCAAGUAGGGAAGAGGUGGGAGAAGGGAGGGAGGGAGGGAGGGAGGGAGGGGGCAUCAUAUCGUUGUGCUUCUGCUUUUGUCGUACAUACGUAGUAUCACUAUCUGUCCAGUCCUCUUUUCUGCUCGAUGCGUUCUUAAAUGCAAGGGAGGGAAGGACUGCAGAUCCUUUUCAAAGGAGUUGGUGGUGGUCUUGGUCUUGUCUCUGGUCACCUGCUUCUCUCUGCCUGUCUGUCAUUGGUUGCUUUGUCUC